CUCUCCCUCUCCCUCUCUCCACUCCCCCACUCCGCUCCUCUCCCCCCUGGCGCCCACAGCGUUUGGUGGCGUUGAGUCCAGCGCGCGCGCCGAGGGGGCGGGCAGGGACACCAUGACCUCCAGUUACGGACACGUUCUGGAGCGGCAGCCGGCGCUGGGCGGCCGCCUGGACAGUCCCAGCCACAACCUGGACACGCUGCAGGCCAAGAAGAACUUCUCCGUGAGUCACCUGCUCGACCUGGAGGAGGCCGGGGGCAUGGUGGCGGCGCAGGCGGACGAGAGCGCGGGCGAGGCGGGCCGCGGGCUGCUGGAGUCGCCGGGGCUGACGAGUGGCAGCGACACGCCGCAGCAGGACCACGACCAGCUCAACUCGGAGGACAAGAAGAAGCGGAAACAGCGGCGGAACCGGACCACCUUCAACAGCAGCCAGCUGCAGGCGCUGGAGCGGGUCUUCGAACGGACGCACUACCCUGACGCCUUCGUGCGCGAGGACCUCGCCCGCCGGGUCAACCUCACGGAGGCCAGAGUGCAGGUGUGGUUUCAGAACAGAAGGGCCAAGUUCCGCAGGAACGAGCGCGCCAUGCUGGCCAAUAAGAACGCUUCCCUCCUCAAGUCCUACUCGGGGGACGUGACGGCCGUGGAGCAGCCCAUCGUGCCGCGCCCGGCCCCCAGGCCCACCGACUACCUGUCGUGGGGGACCGCCUCUCCGUACAGUGCCAUGGUCACUUACUCUGCCACGUGCGCCAACCAUAGCCCCGCCCAGGGCGUCCACAUGGCCAACAGCAUUGCCAACCUGAGACUGAAAGCCAAGGAAUAUAGUUUACAGAGGAACCAGGUGCCAACAGUGAACUGAGGAAAAAAAAAAAAUUAAACAGGUCUAAGAAGAAAUCAAAACCAAACCAAAAAAAAAAAAAACCAAAAAAAAAAAAAACCACCAAAAAACACCAAAACCCACCACCAAGCCCUAAGCCGCCUUCUCCUGCUCGGGGCAGCCCGAUACACGUCACAGCACUCAAAAUCCAAACGAGAACAGCACAGCCACAGGGCGGGCGGCGGGCAGGAGAGGAACAAGCUCAAAGUCAGUGAAUAACCCAAUAGCCCGAUGGUCCUUCCCGCCCUGGGUAUCAUCAGCGCUUGUUUCGUGUGUGUGUGUGUGUGUGUGUGUGUGUGUGUGUGUGUGAGGGUGUGCACACGAGUGUGCGUGUUACAUGUGCUUCUCCUUCUGGUCACGUGCUUUUCCUGAUGUGCUCCGAGCUUCUUCAAUUAGGGUCAUCUUCCCCCCACCCCCCCACCAUGAUUGUAUAGGUUCUUUUUGGGGGGGAGGGAGAUAUCCUCGACUGCCAAAGAAACGACCCCAGUAUGUGUCCAUGUCUACGUAUGGGGAUACACACCCAGGUCACACUGCCCGAGGUGCUCCAUGGGUCAGGCUGUACUCUGCGCCUUCCUUCAAACUUCUCGGUUCUCCCGGAGAGAUGCUCCUCUGAACAAGACACAGUUCCCCGGGGCAUCUUUAAACGUCUCCCUGCCACGAAUGACUCUCGUGUUCCUGCCUCCAUCUCUGAGGGCUACGGGAAGGAGGUUCCGUCUGCUGCUGGGGUGGAGAAGUACUGCCUCCAACAUCAGGUCACGGGCCCGUCUGACCCACAUGUCACUGCAGGGAGGAGGGAGGUCUGCCCCUUCGCCGUUUCCCAUCUGAGGUGCAGUUCCUUCUUGUCUCAGCGCCAUCCCAAUGCAGAUCCCACCCCAUCGGCCGACUUCAGUUAAACAAAUCAGUCUAAGGAUGGGGCUCCCCCACCAGAGAGAGGGAGAGAAAUUUCUCUAGGAAAACAACUGGGUGUUGGAAAAUCACAGCUCUGUUUUCCUCCAGGGAAGUCCCACAUAUACUCGAUAUUCACGCAGGCUCGGGGCAUGAGUCUCCCAAAGGA